AUGGAAUUUCUCCCACCAGCUGAUGCCGAUCCGACCAUCAGCAAGAGCAGCGACUCUUUUACACGGGUGAGACUAGCCUGGUAUUAUCGGCCAGGCGACGUCAGCGAGCGAACUGUGGCGGACAACCGCGUCCUGCUCGCCGCGAUCUACUCGGAGGUCUGCGACAUCACUCAGCUCCGCUCUAAAUGCCACGUCAUUCAUCGGGACAAGAUAUCUGAUUUGGCUGGCUGGAAAAAGCGUCCCGAUCGGUUCUACUUCACAAGGCUUUUUGAUCCCUACAUCAAGAAGGAAUUCGAAGUCAUUCCAUCUACAGCAGUCAAGAAUGUACCUCCUGAGGUACGGGAGCCGCUGAUCAGUCGCUACGAAUACGUCGUCGCCGAAAAGGAGGUGGUGUCGGAUCUCAUAGACGACAUCAGGCUGUGCGAAACAUGCAGACAAUGGACUCCAAAUCCCGAGGCUGUCCAGUGCGAUCGAUGCAAGAAAUACUUUCAUAUGGGAUGUGUUUCGCCACCUUUGGCGUCGAAACCCUCCAGGGGCUACGGAUGGACAUGCGCACCUUGUGCCCAAGAGCACAACGAUGUGGUGGUGGAUAAUCAUGGCCCGCGUCAUGGGACUCCUGGCGGGGCAAAACCGAGGACGACCGUGCCGGCGACGCGUGGGCGCGGACGACCCCGCAAAGACCGAGCCCAAGCGGAACGCGAGGAGAACAUGGAGAUCAAGCACUUCCGGAUGUGGCCCUUCCGAUAUUUUGGGCAGUAUACGGUCGCGCAGGACACCAUAGACGAGGAUGAUUUCAUCUUCCCUCGCGCGGCGACACGCGUCGGCGCCAAAUACCAAGCGACAGUCCCUCCGGCGCCGGGUCCAAGUUCCAUUCCAAUUCCAACGCCGGAUAUGCCAGAGCGAGGUGGAGACGACACGAUCGAGGUUCUGAGCAUGGUCGUUCACAUGAAGGAGGAACACGUGGAAAAACAUAAGGACUGGAUGACCAUGAGGCUCGAGCGACUUCAUCAAGUUGCUUGGCUGACAGAAGCCAUCCGUCGAUUAAGUGAAGCAUGGAUGAUUGAUCCUCGGAAGAUGUCGGCCGUGGAUAUGAGAAACCCCGUUCGCGUAGAAAAGUGGAAGAAAACCGAGACUCGGUGCGUCGACAAGGACUUUAGUAUCAAGGAAUGCGCGGCAUUCGAGGAAGCGAUGAAGAAGCACGGCGCCGAGCUCCGCGCUGUGCGUGACGAAGUGCGCACCCGGACUAUGCCCGAGAUAGUUCGGUACUAUGGCGUGUGGAAGAACGGCAAAUUGCGUGAAGAACAUCGACUCAAGGACGCCGGUCAUGUAGUCAAGAAAGAGGAUACUAUACAAUCAGACGACGAAGGGUCCAUUGUUAAGCGAUUGACGAAGGGCAACAGCAACUGUGCCGCAUGCCGCACCAAGGAAUCCCCUGUAUGGUGGAAAGCACCUAAGGGUCUCGCCACCAACGUUCUAUGCGAUAACUGUGGGAUGGGCUGGCGCAAAUAUGCCGACCUGAAUGUUCGUGCGAUUCGCGAGGACCCCCCACCCUCAACUACUAAGGGCAAGGCUGCCGAGAACAAGCGCGACGGGACUCCUUUGACCGCACCGCCUGCGAAGCGAGCACGGGUAUCAUCCACUCCCCCUCCCAAUGUUCCACAUCUACGCUGUGUCGCAUGUAAGCGUAAUGGACCUGUCGGAAAGGUCCUUAAAUGCCAGCAGUGCGGCUUUCAAUGCCAUGCGGGCGACUUUGCUCAUCGGUUAUCAGGAUGUUGCGGUGCCUCGAUAGACCCAGCGAAGAUUGACACAUGGGUAUGUGAUCUCUGCGAGAAUGUGAAAUCUCAGGAGUCAUCCUUGAAUACCCAUUGUAUUCUCUGUCCUCGCGUGCCACCCGCCAAACGGCAGGAGGAUGUCAAUCCCCCCUCCGAUUCAUACUUUCGAGCCUUGAAACCCACUGAGGGUCAGAACUGGGCGCAUGUGCUCUGUGCAGUUUUCGCACCAGAGACCUCGUUCACGGAUGUUGAACGACUACGGCUGAUAGAAGGUAUUAGCGCCAUUCCGCCUUCUCGGUGGUUUGCGGAAUGCAGCAUAUGCCACUCUUCCGGGGGUGCUUCGUUCCGUUGCUUCGACUGCACACGAGAGUUCCACAUAUCCUGCGCCUGGAAGGCGGGGUAUUCUCUAGGGUUCGAGUUCGUGCCUGUCAGUGACACACAUAAGAAUCGAGACGUCGUCGUCAGCUUCAGGGGCGAGACAGGCUUCAUGUCCCCAGUUAUUCGUUGCCCCCAACACUCCCAUGACAAGACGCAGCGAGAGAUAUUUGGACUAUGUGAAAUGGAUGACAACGGAGAGACGGCUUUGCAGGUGUACUGCAAAAACUACAAGCGCGUGCAAACUGAUCAGUCGUACGGUCUUUUGCGCAAGGCUCGGAGGCUGGACGAUCUGUUGACGGAGACGGACCCUCAGGUGAACGGGCAACGUACCCCAGCCGACGACUCCGGACCGUCAUGCGCAUCUUGUCACACACGAUUCUCGCCAUCUUUUCAUCCCACAGCCGGGAAUUUGGGUUCGGGGAGUUUGCUGUGCCAUAAAUGCUACUUCAAGCCUCCUAAUGGCGUCAAUGGGGACGCCUCCGUUGCUAUAGCAUGA